AUGGCGCGUCGGCCAGAGCAGUUGUCUCGCGGUCGCCGUGUUCUGCUCGUCACUACCUCCAUCGUCGCCGCCUUUCUCACUGCAGGCGUCACGUUUGGAUACUCGGGCCUCCUCCCCGCGCUGACGGGUCCAGUCGGCGCGUUCAGCGGCGCGUGUCCGGCAGGCGAACCCGUGCCGUGCGCGCGUCAGAUGAGCUUGCUCAACGCCGCCUACACCCUCAGCAUGUUCACGAACAGCGCGAGCGCAAUUGUGGUGGGCCUUGUCCUCGACCGCACUGGACCUCGCCGCACCACACUCAUUGGCACUGUCAUCUUCGCCCUCGGCCUCCUCGCCCUCGCCGGCGCCGGCGCGUUCGCGCCCAGGGCCCACAAUGACGCCGCGCCUGACGCCGCAACGCCGCCCAGCGUCUCUAAUAGUACUGAUACUAGUAACAGUACCGCGAAUGCCACUGUGGUUAUGCCAGCCAUGGCAGAAUUCGCGAAUACGAGUGCUUCUGCCGCGGUGGUCAUUACGCAGCCCCCACGGGGGUUGAUGCGGGUCGAAGCAGCGCCGCGGAACGGGGGAGUGCCCCUACCAGGGGGUUCGUGGGCGCAGUUGACCGGGGGAAAUCGGGGAGCGCAUGGGGCGGGAGAAGGUGCUCGUAUGGUGAAGGUGAUGGGCAAAUGGGGGGCAGCACGGGUGGAGAGGGCAGGGUGGGUUGAAGGACAUGCUUGCUGGCGCAGGAGUGGAGGUUGUCUGGGGGAGCAAGUGAUGCGCGGUGAACAAGGGGUGCAGCGGCGCGAGCUGGAGGCGGAAGGGCAGGGGAAAGCAGGGGUGACGGCGGAGGGGAGCAGCGGGGGGAAGGAGGCGGCGUCUGGCGUGUUCUUCUUUGCUGCAUUCUUCCUCCUCUCCCUCGGCGGCCCCUUUAUCUUCACCUCCUCCGUGCGUGUCCCACCUCCCCUCCUCUCAUUCUCCAUGAUUCCUCCCACACUCCCAUGCCUCAUACCGCCCCUUCUACGCACUGCCUCUCGCUCUCCCCCUCCUCCCACCCGCUCCCUCUCUCCCUCUCUCUGCCAUCCCCACUUCCCCCCAUCCCCGAAUCAACUUUCUGUGCCCUCGUCCCACGCCUCUCUGCCACCCAUCCUUCCCCAUUUCGUCUCUCCCUCCCGCGUUCCCCUUCUCCCUCUCCACCCCUCUCCACCCCUCUCCACCCUUCUCCAGAUCAACUUCUGUGUACUCGUGCCGCGCCUCUCUUCCGCCAUCAUCAGCGCACAGGCGGGCGCAUUCGAGGCGUCCUCGCUCAUCCUCUUCCUGCUGGGCCUCGCUGUCACGCGCCUGCACCUCCCCCUCUCCGCGCUCGCCCUCGCCUACUGCAUCGUUCCCCUCGCCCUCGGCGCCCUCGCUGCCGCUGUCUUCCCCAACUCCCCCUUUGGCGCCACAAAGAGUGGUGCAAGUGGUGGGAGAGGGGACUUGGGGGACGCUGCAGCAGCGGGAGUGCGUGUCAGGGGGGAUGGGGGAGGGGACGGGGCGGAGGUAGGGGUGGGGGGGAAAGAAGGGGACGGGAAGGAGGAAGGGGAAGUGGUAUUGGUGGGACGUCUAGUGGAGGAGGAGGGAAGGGGGAUAGAAGUGACAGGUGAUGGUAUUGCUGAUGAUGAGGGGAUAGAGGAGUGUUCCUGCAGUAGUAGCAGCAGCAGCAUCAGCAGUAGUGGUGGAGAGGAGAAAAUAGGCAGUGGGGAGAGGGAGAGGAAGGAUAGCGUGCUAGCUCUGGUGGCGCCACUGUUCUGGGUGCAUGUGGCAGUGUCAGCAUACCUUGUACUGCGCUCCAAUUUCUUCAUUGCUGCUGUCAACUCCCACAUUCGCUACACCGUGACGACUCUCCUCAGCAUUCCUCCCUCCACCGCCACCACCGACCUCCCAUUAGAUGCCGCAGCGCAAGUCACGAGCUACAUUGACAUUUUCAACAUCGUGCUGGCAGCAGGCGGUGUGUUCGCCGUGCCGCUGGCAGGGUGGAGCAUGGAGCGCCCAGGGCUGCCAUUCUCCUUCGCGCUCACCACGCUGCUCUGCGCGCUGUGCUCCGCUGUUCAGAUGAUGGCGGCUUGGGUGCCGCUUCCCAUGCAGCUGGUGGCGUUCCUCGCCUUCGCCAUCGCCAGGGCAUUCAUCUACAGCACCAUGGCGGCAUAUGUUGGCACUCUCUUCGGCUUCCGCAACUUUGGCCGGCUGUAUGGGAUCAACCGGCUAGGAGGCGCAUUCCUUACAUUGUUACAAUACCCGUUGAUGAGAUCAACCCGUCUUCGUUUUCACGCUUCUCGUCGCUGCCCCGCCGCAAUUGAUAGGUCUUUGGCGCCCAAGUCCACGCCUUUCAACAAUCGCAUCAUCUACGGGUACUCGGGCAUUCUGCCCGUGCUGGUGGCGGAAGUGGGCGCGUUCAGCGACGCGUGCGGAGAGGGGGAGGCCGUGCCGUGCGCCGCCCAGAUGAACCUGCUCAACGCCGCCUACACUCUCAGCAUGGUGACCAAUAGCGCGUGUGUGCUGCCAGUGGGCGCAUUCCUCGAUGCCUACGGCCCGCGCAUCACAGCCAUCACAGGCUCCCUCGUAUUCUCCGCGGGCCUCCUCGCCCUCGCCCUCGGCUCCGCCUUCUCCCACCCGCCCCCCCCCGCCCCUCCCCCUGCCCUGCUCAUGCCUUCCCCCUCCGCCUCCCUGCUCUCCAUGCCUCCCGCCUUCCUUGCCUAUGAAUCCCACCACACCCAGUCCCCCCUCCUCCUCCGCCCUCUCCCCCCGCCUUGGCCGCUGCACUAUUGCCCCCAUCACUUCGAGCUGUCAGACAAUCGUUCCCACUUAAUAGCAGGCCGCCGUGUGGAGGGGCCGCCAGAGGACAGUGCAUUGGAUGGGGGUGGCAUGGCCGCUCGGGGCGAGGGUGGUAGGAGGGGGGGAGAGGGGAUAAGAGGGAUGACAGAGGGGUUGGGAUGGGUGGCAGGGGGGUUAAGAGGGGUGAAGAAAGGCGUCGGAUUUGCUGGGGUGUGCUUCUUUGCGGCUUUCUUUCUCCUGGCGCUCGGAGGGCCCUUCAUCCUCACGCCCAUGAUCAACUUCUCAGAGCUCCUCCCAUCAUCAUCAGCAGCGGUCAUAGCAGCACAGAGCGGUGCCUUUGACGCCUCUGCCGCACUGCUCUUCCUCUUCGCCCUCGCCGUCUCGCGCCUUCACCUCGCCCUCUCCUCCGUCUGCCUCGCCUACCUUGUCGUGCCGCUUGCCAUUGCUGCCGUCGCCGCCGUCACGUUCCCCGAUGUUCCCUUUGGUGCCUCACCCGCCUCAGAACCGCACACCACUCCUCCAUCCGCCUCCACCCUCCCCUCUUCCACAUCUCUCCAACCUGACUCGCUCUCUUUGCUCACCGCACCUCUCCUGCAACCCGCAAGCGAGGAGCAUUCAAGCGAGGUGCAGGCAAGCAAGGAGCAACCACCGCAGAGCCAGUCAGAUGAGGAGGAGGGGGCGAGGGGGCAAGGGAGACCCGCAGUGGGAAGGAGAGAGGGGGGUUCUGAGGUCGCAAGUGGGGAGGAGGAGGGGACGAGAGGGACGAGAGAGGGGAUGGGAGCAGCUUUGACAGCAGUGGGGAGAAGGGACGAGGAGGGGGGUCGGACUGGAGGGUCGAGAGAGGGACGAGGGGGGGCGAGGCGCAGUGGGGAGUUGGAGCGGCUCUACCUACUGCGCCUCAUGGGCACUGGUGGCAGUGAUAAGGUUGCUGCUGGGAAUGCCAGCGGUACAAGCACUGCUGCUGCUGCCGACGAGCUGACCACGUCAGCAUGUCACGUGGCGCUGCCAGCUGUCACAGGGCGAGGCAGCAUCCCGCUGUCUCCCAAUCUGCCCAUCGUGUGGCUCCACGGCCGGAGCACCCCGUGCCUGCCCCCCCCGCCUGCCAUCUACAACGGCGAUAUCGCCACCCAGCUCAGGUGCCCCUGCCAUCUGUGCACUGCCCAUGCCAGCUGCAAUCAGGUUCAAGUGGCUCUACCCGCCUCCAAGCUCAGAUGGACCUCCCAUUUCACUCCUGCCAUCUCCCAUUUCACUCCUGCCAUCUCCCAUUUCACUCCUGCCAUCUCCCAUUUCACUCCUGCCAUCUCCCAUUUCACUCCUGCCAUCUCCCAUUUCACUCCUGCCAUCUCCCAUUUCACUCCUGCCAUCUCCCAUUUCACUCCUGCCAUCUCCCAUUUCACUCCUGCCAUCUCCCAUUCCAUCUCCCAUUCCAUCUCCCAUUCCAUCUCCCAUUCCAUCUCCCAUUCCAUCUCCCAUUCCAUCUCCCAUUCCAUCUCCCAUUCCAUCUCCCAUUCCAUCUCCCAUUCCAUCUCCCAUUCCAUCUCCCAUUCCAUCUCCCAUUCCAUCUCCCAUUCCAUCUCCCAUUCCAUCUCCCAUUCCAUCUCCCAUUACCCCCAGCUGCCGCCCGCCACUGCAACAACCCGCACGGCACGUGUUCAUGCCGGCCUUCCUUUUUGUGACUUUGACUUCCCACUCCUCCCCUCGCCACUGCAACAACCGCAGGUCGCCGCUGUUCUGGUCACUACAAAGGGGUACACCAAUGCUCACGACUGCCUUGUAGCAGCACUGCGUGCGUGCCUUCAACUGCCACUGCUCGCUGCACUCCCCCUCUUUCUCCUCUCUCAAACGGCACCACUCAAGGUCAUUCACCCACUGUACUCUGCUCAUGCUCGCUGCCUCCCCGUUUCUUCUCCUCCCUCCCACCGCUGUUCUCCACUGCAACAUUCCACUCCACCCACCAUCCACCCGCCAUCCACCCGCCAUCCGUCGCAGCAGCCGUGCAGCAGAGCUAACACCAUCAACUGCCUGCUCUCUGCCUGUGCCAACGUCCCUUCCUUCCCCCCGAUUCUCCGUUCUCCACCGCAGAACGCCAAGGCCAUCCACCCACCAUCAACUGCAGCAGCCGUGGAGCAGCACUACAUCGACGCCUUCAACUGCCUGCUGCCUCUGGGCGGCUGUCUCAGCGUGCCACUGGCCGGCUGGAGCAUCGACUCCCUCGGCCUGCCGCCCGCUUUCGCCAUCACUGCCGCCCUCUCGCUCCUCUCCUCCCUGCUGCUGCUCCUCGCCCCCUGCCUUCCGCUAGAUGCCAUGCUCGUGAGUUUCACAGCCUACAGCAUCGCCAGGGCGUUCAUCUACAGCACCAUGGCAGCGCUCAUCGCCUCGCUCUUUGGCUUCCGCAACUUCGGCCGCCUCUACGGCCUCACACGGUUCAUCGGAGCCUUCGCCGCACUGCUGCAGUACCCCCUCAUGAGGGUUACUCGUUUCUUUGUCCUUGGCUGCCUCUACUGGCUCUCCUGCGUCACGAGGGCCAUUCUCCACACCGCUGCAGUACCCUCUUAUGAGGUGAAGUCGUUACCCCCCCUCCCUCACGCGGAAAUGUCAAAGUACCCCCUUCCAUCUCUUCACCUCUUGCCCUUUCCCCCGCCCUCCUCCCACACUCGUUCCUCCUCGCUACAGCCAGCCAGGUACGGCAAGGAGGCAAUGAAGGGGGAUUUUUCGAGCAUGACGGCAGGGUUCAUGGCUUCUCUUCCUGGGGCUCCUCAACACCCCCCCUACCCCUUGUCUCCCACCCCACCCUCCCCUCCAUUCCUCACAACUUCCCAACACUCAUCCCCCACCAGGUACGGCGAGGAGGCGAUGGGGGGGGACUUCACGGGGAUGACGGCGGGGUUCAUGGCGUGUGAGCUCGCCCUCGCCACGCUCUUCCCCCUCUACCUCACCCACUGCCUCUUCGGCUUCUUCUGGCGCCCCAAGCCAUGA